GCUAAUACCAUUCUCUAAGUCCAAUAGAAAGCGCUUCCUUACCCGCUCAGCCUUGGAACUACGCAGACUCGCGAAGAUAAGCCACGCGAUUCCUAAUUGACGAUGGCUUCAUCUCGAGUAUGGUUCAUAACGGGCGCAUCUUCCGGUUUUGGUAGGAGUAUGACAGAGUACAUUCUCAAGAACGAUGGCGUUGUGAUAGCAACUCUACGUAAACCGGAAGUGCUGGCAGACUUCAUCCAGCAAUACCCAUCGGAUCGCCUUCUUGUCCUGAAACUUGAUGUAACGCAGAAAGACGAUGUUGUGAAUGCGUUCUCCAGGGCGCGAGAGGCUUUCGGGCGGAUCGAUGUCGUUUUCAACAACGCCGCGGUGCUGGCUAUAGGAGAGGUGGAGUCUAUGGAUGACGAGACAGCGAGAAAACUGUUUGAGGUCAACUUCUGGGGUGCAGCUUCCGUUACCAAGGAGGCACUGAAGUUCUUCCGCGAAGUGAACAACCCAAUGGGUGGACGACUUUUGCAGGUUUCGUCUGGCGCCGGGUUAAGGGGGCCAGCGUCGAAUGGGUAUUACACUGCAUCAAAGUUUGCCUUUGAAGGGUUCACUGAGUCCGUGAUCCGUGAAGUGGACCCAGCUUGGAAUAUCAAGGUUACAAUCGUUGAGCCAGGCCCGUUCCGAACCAACAUCACGACUGACAACGUCACUGUCGUUCCGCCUCAUCCAGCGUAUGAUAACCCUACUCUGCCUGGAAUCGCAUGCCGCAACGCACUUGCCGAUCCCGCGGAUGGAGAUACCGAGAAAGCUGUGGCGGUCAUUAACAGACUAUCAUUGCUCGAGGAUCCUCCGAUGCGUCUGCCGCUUCAUCGCAAGGUCGUCGGGCGCAUGCGGGAGAAAGCCCAGCACUUCGCUGAGACGGUAGAGCAGUACGGAUCCUGGACUGAUGAUUUGUAUCAUAUCGACUAAUCACCAGUGCGCUUUUGUCACUGUAAGUUGUAAUCAAGACAGUCUUUAUCUAAUCUUCGGGGUUGGGCAGGUUUUGUCUAUCUACGCACGUUCACUAUUGCGGUUGCCCACCGCGAGAUGCUGGCACUUUGCUC